GGGCCUUGUUUUGCUUCUUCGCCAUGGACCACCUUGAAGAUGACGGCGAUCUUCCGCCUCCAUACUCUCCAAAUCCAAAUGCAUCCAGCAGCACCUCCAUCCAGCAUCCAGACCCCCAAUCGUAUUCAUCGCUCUUUUCGGCGCACGUAGCCAAUCUUCGGACGCAAAUCUCUGCUUCGCAGGCUUACCGAGCCUCGGCCACAGACGACCGCGACAGCUACAUCUUAUCCAUCAUCUACCCGCGUGUGGAGGAGUUCAUAUCGUCGAUUUCUGAAAUCUAUCCGACGCCGAGGCUCGCCGAAGCAAUCCUAGUCCCCGACGCAGCGGUCAGCAAUGGCUGGAAGUUCAACGACGAGGACGAUACGCGGGAUGGAGAGUACAGGAGGCUGAUUCGCGUUUGCGAGGCCAAGAAGAAAGAUGGCAGUGACGAGAAACAGUGGCCGUCUGAAAAGGGAUCCGGUAGUAAUGAAACCAAUGAUGGAAUCAGCCCAACCUUGUGGUGGGAAAGCGAAAGCACGGCGCUUCGACUCGCCAAGCACUUACAGCCACAGCGUCCAGCUUCUUCUCCGACAGAUGGACAGGCAGCCAAAACCCGCAGCAAAAAGUCCGGCAUUCGAGGGCUGUUCAAAAGAUCUGAAGAUGCGCCGCAGAAUAUUGCAUCAAAGGAAGAGAGGCCUGUCGAAAGAGUGACGAUGACUACGAGAGCAGAGGAGAUCACCUUUAGAAAAGAGAAUGAGUGUGGGAUCUGGGAGACUAGGACUGGAUGGGGGGUCAUUUUGCGUGUGAGGAUUCACAGUUCUUGAGAAGGGCUGCUUGAUGAUUUCUAGGGACAUUCAGUAUGGCCUUG